AUGAGAAGUAUGAAAUGUAAAUAUAUUUUACAUGAAAAUAAUAAAAUUUCAUAUUUUAUUAAAUUUACCAUUUUUUUAUGCUUAUUAUUAAUAUUAUUUCAUAUUUUUUCUCUAAAAUUUUUAAUUAAUAAAAUAAAAUAUAUUGAAAAGUUAAGUAAGAGUAAUUUGGAGAAAUUUAAAGAUAUAGAUAAUAAAUUAAAUGAUCAAUUUAAUUUUUAUUACAUUACUAAUGAAGAUUAUAAGAAUAGAAAAAUAAGACAAACAUUAAUUAAUUGUCAGUGUAAUAGUGUUAAUUUUUGUCCCAGAGGUCCUCCUGGUAUUAAAGGUACUGAUGGAAUUCCUGGUUUUCCAGGAAAAAAUGGUUUACCUGGUGAACCGGGACAAAUUUUUGUAGAAACUGUACAAACAACACAAAAAAUUAUGGAAGAAUGUAGAAAAUGUCCUCCUGGUUUUAAAGGUUUACCAGGAGAAAUUGGAUUACCAGGACCUCAUGGUUUACCAGGUAUGCCAGGUUCUGUAGGAAUGGAAGGAAAACCUGGACAAAUGGGAGCUUUAGGUAUGAUUGGAGAACAAGGUGAUUCAGGAAUGCCUGGUCCAAUUGGAGAAAAAGGUUUUAAAGGUAGUGAUGGUAUAAGAAGAUUACAAGGAUUACAAGGAAAACCUGGAUCUAAAGGUCAAACAGGAAAAAAAGGAGAAACAGGUUAUCCUGGUUAUGAUGGAAAACCUGGGAAUCCUGGUGAAAAAGGGCCACCUGGACGACCUGGAUUUGAUGGUAUGCCUGGAACAAUGGGUCGACAUGGUUUAGAAGGAAUACCAGGAGUAGUUGGAACAGAUGGUGGAUAUUGUAAAUGUCAAAGUCCUACAUCAAGAGGAAAAACAGAAAAUGAGGAAUACGAUCAAAAACAGUCAUAUGUAAUGGAUGAAUUAUACUCUGAUCAUUCCUCAUUUAAUAUUGGCAAAAUAACUAAAAUAAAAAAUAAAAAUUUUAGUAAAACAACUAAAACGGCACUAAAUUUGUCGAAUACUGAUGAUGACAAAAACUAUGAUUUAUCUAAAUAA